AUGUCGAUUGUAUCGGAUUUGGAGCGAAACAGGGUCGAAGAGCUCGACAAGCUAUUGACCGACCUCAAGCCAAAGCUAUUGCAGUACAUCUCGCAAGCUGAUCCCAAUUCUGUGCAGUACAAGCCGGAGUCACUUGGAACAUACCAUGAGCCCAGUUUUCUCAAGGACAAAUUGAUUACUGAGAGCGGCACAAACUUGGACGAGCCAUGCACUGAAGAGCAGUUGGCGCUGACCAUCGAUAAGGUCCUCCAGUAUUCGGUGAAUACAUGGAACCCGGGUUUCUUGGACAAGUUGUAUGCUUCCAACAAUCCAAUUGGAGUCGUCUCCGAUAUCCUAUUGAGCAUGUUGAACACCAACUCCCACGUCUACACAGUGUCGCCCGUGUUGUCAGUGUUGGAGAACUACAUUGGACACAAGUAUGCCUCAUUGUUUUUCACCAACGACCAAAAGACUUGUGGUGGAUUGACGUUCAGCGGCGGUUCAUGGUCCAAUAUCACGAGCAUGCAGAUUGCGCGAAGUUUAAGGUUCCCCGAGACCAAGACGAAAGGAAACGCCAACUAUAAGUUUGCCAUUUACACAAGCAAGCACUGCCACUAUUCAGUUGUGAAGGGGGCCAUCUUGUUGGGGAUUGGCUCUGAAAAUGUGUUCAAAGUCGACGUGACUCCGCAAGGGUUGUUGAACGUGUUGCAUUUGGAAACACAGAUUAAGCAGUCCAUCCUCGACGGCUAUACUCCCUUGUAUAUCAACGCCACCGCGGGCACGACUGUCUUUGGCUCCUACGACCCAUUCAUCCAGAUUUCAAAAGUUGCCAAGAAGUACAACUGCCAUUUCCACAUUGACGGUUCCUGGGGAGGCAAUGUGAUUUUCUCGCCUCACUACAAGAACAGGUUGCAAGGGUGCGAAUUUGCCGACUCCAUCACCGUUAAUCCGCACAAGAUGUUGGGUAUACCAAACACGUGCUCGUUCUUGUUACUACCCCACGUGAAGAACUUCCAGACGGCGUUGUCGUUGCAGGCUCCCUAUUUGUUCCACGGCCGCGAGAGCGAGGAAGAAGAGGCCAACUACGAUUUGGCAGACGGCACCAUGGGCUGUGGCCGCAGAGCCGACUCGUUCAAGUUCUACCUCGCCUGGUUGUAUUACGGACAAGUUGGGUUUCAAAACAGAGUCGACCACGCCUACAAGAUCCAAGAGUACUUUGUGAAAAAGGUCAAGUCGAGUUCCGACUUUGAGAUUGUCGGGCCUGCCUACCCCCAGUGUCUUCAAGUGUGCUUUUACUACCGCCCACCAAGCUUAAAGAAUGCUAGCAGCGACAAUACAGAGGUGACCAGGUUCAUUUCUCGGGAAUUGCAUAAAUCGGGCAAGUAUCUCGUUGACUUUAGUCCUAACCCGGAAGACGACUCCAAAGGCGAGUUCUUCAGGGUCGUGUUCAACUCUCCCAUCUUAACGGACAAGGUUGCCGAUGACUUGAUCGAUAGCAUUGUCAGGGUGGGGUCCGAGAUGAAGUAA